CUCCAGUUUGUUAAUAACGUCUACUGAAUUAGUUUUUAUGAUGGUUAAUAAGAUUUGCUGAUAGUAUAAUGGAGUCUCAAAGUAUUAAUGAAAGUAAUUUAUGUACGUAUCACUUUUUAGGCAGGACCAAGUAUGGUAUUCGGAUCGAUUACGGUAUCAAGGUACCGGGAAUGCCUUAUGCAUUUGCCGUCGCUAAAAAAUUAUCUGUCUGGAUGGUAUGCAUGCCUAAAACAGUCCGUAUGAAAAAUUUCAGACGAACAGCUGAUCUGACCGACUUGAAGUUUACACGCGAAAUUAAGUUCCGGUUAUACCACAAGGACUGUUCGUUAUCUGGCGACUCUAUUUUGCGAUACGCAUUGGUUGCGUCACAUUCGAGAAUGCGAUCAAUCAUGACCGGCUACUAUCGACCGGCUGAGAUCUUUGAUUCAAAUGCGAAAUACCAAUUGCGAGGAAAUCAUCGUGAACAACAAUGGAAAAUUAAUCGAUCUACUUAUGGAUCAUCGUUAUGUGCUUAGAUAAGACGCCUAACUUGAUAAUAAGUGAAUGGGAAUUUUUUGGAUUUUGUCACAUUGUGAUGGGCGGAAAUUUCGAAAACUAAUAAAAUUGGUGUCCUAGAUUUUGUUGUUUAUUCGUUUAUUGUUAACUUCUAGCAAAAUAUGUCUGAGGCAAAUAAGCAGGUAUGUGUUGUAUGUGCAGUUUGUAAAACAUGUGUCAGUGUGACGACUAUACGAGGAAUGAGUAAUAGUCCUUCGUUGUUUACUCCCUAUUUACUUACUGUUUGUCAUGCAUAGGAAAACCUCUCUUAUCCAGCCUAUAUUUGUAUUGGUCGACCUUCUCCCUUUCCUCGUAAUUCGUACAUUUUCAUCAUUUCUUGUGACUUUUCGUUCAUAUGGGUACCUAAUAACGAUUUUUUUAUUGGAAAAAAAAAGUCAGUUCUUACUUAUUUGAUACUUUACGCCCGGGUCCUAGACUAUCUCUAUACAAAACUCGUAAACAGGCCUCGCAGAGACGCCUGAUAACAAUAUCGAAAAGUACGCCAAACCUGUGACAUUCAUA